UAGAGGUAGAGCAACCGACCGGGUAUGUGGAACGCCCCUGAAGCGUCGCAGGAAGCGCGCAGCAGUCAACUAUUCGCGGUACAAUGGCGCCGCUAGAUUUGGAUAAAUAUGCGGAGAUUGCCAAACAGUGUAAAUACCUCCCGGAAAAUGACCUGAAGAGGUUAUGUGACUAUGUGUGUGAUCUUCUCCUGGAGGAGUCAAAUGUUCAGCCUGUUUCUACACCUGUAACAGUAUGUGGAGACAUUCAUGGACAGUUUUAUGAUUUAUGUGAGCUGUUCCGAACUGGCGGCCAGGUUCCAGACACCAAUUACAUCUUCAUGGGUGACUUUGUUGACCGAGGAUAUUACAGCUUGGAGACUUUCACCUACUUGCUGGUGCUGAAAGCCAAGUGGCCCGACCGCAUCACACUUCUGCGUGGAAACCAUGAGAGCAGGCAGAUUACACAAGUCUAUGGCUUUUAUGAUGAGUGCCAAACAAAAUAUGGGAAUGCAAACGCCUGGCGGUACUGCACCAAAGUAUUUGACAUGCUAACAGUUGCAGCUCUGAUGGACGAGCAGAUACUGUGUGUCCACGGCGGCCUCUCUCCAGACAUAAAGACCCUUGAUCAAAUUCGAACCAUUGAGCGAAAUCAGGAGAUCCCACAUAAAGGAGCAUUUUGUGACCUGGUGUGGUCGGACCCUGAAGACGUUGAUACCUGGGCCAUCAGUCCCAGAGGAGCUGGCUGGCUCUUCGGUGCAAAAGUUACCAAUGAGUUUGUUCACAUCAACAACCUGAAGCUCAUCUGCAGGGCACAUCAGCUUGUCCAUGAAGGCUACAAGUUCAUGUUUGAUGAGAAGCUAGUCACGGUGUGGUCAGCUCCCAACUACUGCUACCGCUGUGGCAACAUCGCAUCCAUCAUGGUCUUCAAAGAUGCUAACACAAGGGAGCCAAAGCUGUUCAGAGCAGUGCCUGACUCUGAAAGAGUCAUCCCUCCCCGAACAACGACACCUUACUUCCUGUAGACACUCUACAAAUAGAGCAGCCUGGCCAUUAGACAGAGGCACAGCACUUGUGAACCCAUAUAAAUGUUAAUGUAUUUGAGUAAGGGAGCACUUCCUGGUGCCAGCUGCCAGUUUUUAUUCCUGUCCAUUCUGUCCAUUUGAUGUCAUUAUUCUGCAGCUUAAAUUACACUUAGAUGCCACAGCAAGAAAGGUUGCUGAGCAUCACUGCUAUGUUGCUGUAUUAAAGAAAGGACUCAAAUCAACUGACAAUAUAAAAUCAUAUUUAUAAAGCUUCAUUCUUCUUUACAUUAAAAAGAAGCAAAUUGCACAUGCAGUGUUGUAUAGAUUGUUUCGAUGUUAUUUUGUUAUGGUGAUGUAUUUAGCUGCUGCACAAAAAUCUAAAUUCUGUAUCUUCUCACUUCCAGGGUGUCAUCAUAUAAACCUAUAAAUAAACUGUACGCCUGAAAGUUGAUAUGUCAAAAUAUGCUCUUCUCGGUUUUGUUAAAGCAGUGGUAACACCAGAACUGUCUGAAAUUUCCAAAUGUAAAGUCAGUUCUUGGUGGAUAACAUUUCUGUGUGUCUGUUUUUAAAUAAAAAAAUCAUUUAGAGAGA